GGAUGAAAAGCCCAGAUCAUAUCAAUCAGACAGUAUAAAUAAAUACUGGGCAGGCUCUGAAUAAAACCCGAACAGCUCGACAGAACCGCUCCAUUAGUUUGGACUUUCAUUCAAGCCGGAAUGAGCUAAAGUUCUCUCUCCCCUGUCUAUCUCACCAUGGUUUCUCCACGGACACUAUUCACGGCCAGCCGCGUGCAAACAUGGACCUACCUGCUUGGCGUGUGUCCAUUCUCGAUCGCAUUCCUAGUCUUCAUCAACUCGUCCAUCUCAUUUGUCGUCACGGAAUUAAUUGGACUCCGUAAUGGAGAAGGUGAUGCGGUCGGAACCUUGGGCUUUGCCGACGAACUGCUGGCCCUGGUUGCCUGCCCCUUGUGGGGAGUGCUGUCGGAUCGCAUCGGCGUCCGUCAUGUCUGCACUACCGGCUAUGCUAUCGUGGCUCUUGCCUUGGUACUCUUCGUCCAGGCAAAGAAUGUCUACCCCCAGUUACUCCUGGGAAGACUGUUGUUCAGUCUUGGAGGCGCCGCAGUAUCAACGAUGGUCACGGCGGUUCUUCCAGCCGUAGCCGGCUCACACUCGUCGUCACAGCAUAAAUCUACAUCAGACUCUCGGACGAGUACGAGCUCAUCCUCCCGACUGGCUGGAUUUGUAGGCAUGUGUGCGGGAUGUGGUGCGCUCGUUGCUCUCGUUGUCUUCCUGCCCCUUCCAGCUCGGUUCCAGCAAUGGGGUCUCUCACCAGCAGAAGCUAUCCAGCGCAGCUACUAUCUCGUGGCUGCGGUAUCUCUAGUUAUCAGUAUCCUCUGUUUCUUUGGGCUGAGGAACCUCCCCGGAGAAGAGGGCAAAUCAUGGAGCGUGUUAUGGUCCGCACGCCGGCGCGGGACGCCGGAUAGCGGCGAGGCGUGUUCGUAUGCUCGCAAAUUCCAGUUGCCUUAUCUCGAGCAGCUGGGCAUUGCGUUCGCCUUGGGGUUCCGGAAUUCAGAUAUAUUUCUAGGUUACUUGGGCGGUUUCGUGGCGCGUGCGUCGUCCGUGGGGAUCUCGCUGUUCAUCCCGCUCGCUGUUAACCACUAUUAUCGCAUGUCGGGGCUGUGCGGGAGCCAAGAUGGCGAGGCUGAGAACCCUGGCGAUUUAAAGAAAUCAUGCCAUAAAGCCUACGUGCUCGCUUCGAUUUUGACAGGGGUCUCUCAGCUAGUCGCGCUGCUUGCAGCGCCAGCCUUCGGCUAUCUGUCGGAGCGAUCGCGGCGCCGUCACGUGCCGCUUUUGGCAGCUUGCUUUGCAGGCUUUGUGGGCUAUACCACCUUUGCCUUGCUACCGAGUCCGGAAUUCAAUGGGGAGUAUGGCAGCCCCGGUGUAUUUGUAGUGAUGGGCCUCGUUGGUAUCAGCCAGAUUGGAGCGAUUGUCUGCAGUUUAUCAGUACUGAGCAGCGGCAUUCUCAGUUUGAGCGAAGUAGGGAGGAUGGACGACCAGUUAUGGAGUACCCCGAGUGAACCCAGCGAGGAUGAGGGUGAGGAUGAGGAUGAAAAUGAGAACAACAAUGAGAACAACCCAGUCGACGACGAGGAAGAGGAGCACGGAGAAGACCGACCUCUCAUGAGCCAUCGUCCCGGCCGGAAAGAGCGGCACCUUUCGCACUUGAAGGGAUCAAUCGCUGGGGUGUAUUCCCUGUACGGUGGAGCGGGUAUCCUGCUCUUGACCAAGCUGGGUGGGCUCUUGUUCGAUGUGCUGUCGUCGGGAGCACCGUUCUACAUCAUGGCUGGGUUCAAUGGGGCAUUGCUGCUGGCAGGCCUGGUGAGUGGAUUCAUUGGGCACUCAAGAUCCGCUGGACCAGCUGGGUUCGGUGUGUAGUAGCGUCUCCAUGGUUGUGUGUUUCUUUGUGUGGAAGACAGGGAUUCUAUUCAUUAGCCUGGCUGCUAGAAUGUUUAGUAUGGGUUUGCUUAGCGUGAACAAUAAUAAGCCGCAGCUGGCGCAUGUAGUCUACCGUGGCUCGGUUCGACUAAACAUCUCUAAUGAGUAUUUGCUGCAGCGCUUUGAAACGAAGAAUUUCGGCCCCCACGUCCGGCCCCAGUUUGGCUGCCGUGCCUCCGUUUCAGUGAGAGAUCAGGAGGUUGAGAUUGAACAAAAAGGAAGACUCAUGUAGAAUCGAAUCACCUCUUGAUGAUGGUGGGUGCGGAAGAAACACUUGCCAUGACCUUGAGGGAGAUCCUCGAUCCAUCUAAUUUCCCCGGCUCCAUCAGCAGUUCCACCAGACAACAACCACUACCACCACCACCACCACCACAUCCAAGAACUUCCGUCCGUCAGCGC